AUGUUUCCUUUCUUGGGACGUCUACAACGCAAAGCCGGGCUGCACAAGCAUGCUCAGGGAAAACAUGAAGAUACCAUCAUUGCAAGCUUGCUCUACCGUCCUUCCGAAACUGGAGUUCAGAAUCACCCACAAUCAUUGCCUCAGGGACAAAUAGACAUUUCCGAGGCAGACACUGUGAGAAAGAUUGACACACUUAUCUUGAGGGCUCUCCAUUCCCCUAACGGAUUAGCUCUAGUUUGCAUUGAGAACUUCUUCACUGGGCUUCAUUUGGUCCAUCCUCUUUUUGACGAGACUGUGUUUCGCAACCGGUGCAAGAAAGAGCUUUGGUGCAACAGACCGCGGAACGUAUUCAAAGGGCUGGAGGCCUUGUACUACGCCGUCUUGGCUCUAGGAGCGCUGGUUUCCAAUGCAGAUGACUUCUACCCUGCAAUACUGGAACAUGAAACUGGGGAUUUGUAUGUUCUUUCACUUUCAAGCACGAAACGUUCGACUUUCAAUAUUCCUAUGUGUAUUGCCAGGCGGUGCUUCGAGCAGGCGAAAUUCCGAUUGACUGACAUUUUCGAAGUGAGCAACCUCGAGCGGACUCAGGCAUUAUAUCUCCUCUCAGUUUAUUGUCAAAACACCCUCAAUCCUCACAGUUGCCACUUAUACAGCGGCAUGGCGGUAACAACUGGAAUUGCGAUUGGUUUGCCUCAAGGUCGAGCCCAUCAAAGCUUUUCAUUCGACAUCGGCCCCCACACAGAACCAAGGUCAUGGUGGUGCAUUUACGCACAUGAGGUAGAAAUGAGCUGUGCAUCUGGCAGAGGUAUAGUUCUAAAACCGCCUGCGCACUACAUGUUGGCUCAUCCGGCUGAUAUACAGCCACCAAGCACUACACGAGCAACUCACGACAUGUUUAUAAACAUAAUGGUGUCCUUAGCGGGGCUUUUGCGACAGGUAUUCGAAGACUUGUACCAGCAGUAUCACUUUGACCGGCAAGGCAGCCGUGAUACUGUGCGUAAGCUUGCGCAAGAACUGGACAGCUGGCGAAUGCACCUACCUCCGGUUUUCAACUUUGACCGAGUGUCUUUGACAGACCCUGAUCACAUCAGGAGGCAAAAGGUGGUUCUGAAGAUACGGUACUACAAUGUCCAAAUCCUGCUCUAUCGUCGCUACGUCGAGACGUGGUCAAGACUCGCUCUUGUAUGUCAGUCAGCGGCGGAGGUCAACUCCUGCCUUGCCGCAGCGCAAAAGACCAUCCGGCUCCUUUUUGACACUUGUCAGCACGAGUCAUACUUCAGAACCUGGUGGUACAACAACACAUAUCUGCUGAAUGCCGCGAUGGUUGCCCUAGCCAUUGCCUUCAUCCAUUUGAAGGACGAUUCCGUAGAUGAGAUUUUUUCAGACGUUCAAAAAGCCCUGGAUGUGUUCGAUGCCAUGAGCGCAAUCACCGUUGCUCGAAGGUGCGCAACAGUCAUCAAAGAGGUCUAUGAGGUUACACGGAGCUUGGCUGAGAAACUCAAGACUACCUCAGAAUCAUCGACCACACUAGCUUCCAACGCUGGCCCAGAUCUGAGUGCUAGUGGCGGGACGGGAGUUGGCAUUGCACUGCGUGCAAGCAUGGGAGCUGCGCCUGAUAGUCAUAGCCACGCAUCCUUUCAGGACUCCAUGCUGCCCGAAGAUAUCUGGUCUAGUAUCUUCGAGACCGGACCAAAAAGCGGUGCUUUAGGAUUUGCUCCAGACGUGGACUUUAAUUUCGACUUCGAUAUCGACUCCCCGCUGAUGGGCUGA